CUUACCAGGGAUGUAACUGAACAUUUUUUUGCUGCAGUGCUUUUCUUCUGAGCAAUCCAAGAUGGCCAGGAACUGCUCCGAGUGCAAGGAGAAGAGGGCGGCACACAUCCUCUGUACCUACUGCAACCGCUGGCUGUGCAGCUCCUGCACGGAGGAGCACCGGCAUGGCCCUGCCCCUGGGGGCCCACUCUUUCCCCGGACCCAGAAGGGAUCUCCAGGAGUGAAUGGUGGUUCUGGAGACUUCGCCUUGUACUGUCCUCUACACACACAGGAGGUGCUCAAGCUAUUCUGCGAGACCUGUGAUGUGCUCACAUGCCAUAGCUGCCUCACGGUGGAACACAAAGAACACAGGUGUAGACAUCUUGAAGAAGUUUUGCAAAACCAGAGGAUGCUUCUGGAAAGUGUGACUACACAGGUGGCGCAUAAGAAAUCUAGUCUACAGACAUCUGCAAAGCAAAUUGAGGACAGGAUUUUUGAGGUGAAGCAUCAGCACAGGAAGGUGGAAAACCAGAUCAAAAUGGCCAAGAUGGUUCUGAUGAACGAGCUGAACAAACAGGCCAAUGGGCUCCUAGAGGAGCUGGAGGGCAUUACUAAUGAAAGGAAGCGGAAGCUGGAGCAGCAGUUACAGAGCAUCAUGGUUCUCAACCGUCAGUUUGAGCAUGUGCAGAAUUUCAUUAAUUGGGCUGUCUGCAGCAAAACCAGCAUCCCUUUCCUUUUCAGCAAAGAGCUGAUUGUGUUUCAGAUGCAGCGAUUGCUGGAGACCAACUGUAACACAGACCCUGGUUCCCCUUGGAGUAUCAGAUUCACUUGGGAGCCUAACUUCUGGACCAAGCAGCUGGCUUCCCUUGGCUGUAUAACUACUGAGGGUGGACAGCUAUCCCCGGCAGAUACUCCUGCUUAUGGAAGCUUACAGGGACCGUCAUCUUUUUAUCAAAGCCACCAGUCCCCAGGGGCUCAGCAGGAGACUCUCAGCCAUCCCUCACACAGGUUCCAGUCUCCAGCACUGUGUUCCUCAUCUGUGUGCUGCUCCCAUUGCUCCCCAGUCUCGCCCUCCCUCAAAGGCCAGGUCCCGCCACCCAGCAUACACCCAGCCCACAGCUUUAGGCAGCCCUCUGAGACGGUGCCCCAACAGCUGAGGUCACUGCAGUGCUCCCCGCUGCUGCCCAGGGAAAAAGAACUGCACUGCCGUCCUCAUCCACCAAAGCUACUUCAACCCUGGCUGGAAACCCAGCCUCCUGCAGAGCAAGAGAGCAUAUCCCAGCGGCUGGGGCAGCAGCUGACUUCCCAGCCCGUGUGCAUCGUCCCCCCGCAGGAUGUUCAGCAAGGAGCCCACGCCCCGCCCACCUUUCAGACACCCUCUGUCCAGGUGCAGUUGGGCCACCACCAGAAGCUGAAGCUCAGCCACUUUCAGCAGCAGCCGCCGCCACCGCCCCCUCCGCCCCAACAGCAGCCACCCCCACCUCUCCCUCCAUCCCAGCAUCUGGCUUCUAGUCAGCACGAGAGCCCUCCUGGGCCUGCCUGUUCCCAGAAUGUGGACAUAACGCACCACAAGUUUGAGCUGGAGGAAAUGCAGAAGGACUUGGAGCUUCUCCUUCAGGCUCAACAGCCCAGCCUGCAGCUGAGUCAGACCAAAUCGCCUCAGCAUCUUCAGCAAACCAUCGUGGGGCAGAUCAACUACAUUGUGAGGCAGCCGGCGCCCGUCCAGUCCCAGAGCCAGGAGGACACAGUGCAGGCUACAGAUGAGUCCCCAGCAUCUGAAGGCCCAAAGCCAAUUCUCCCUCUUGACAAGAAUACUGCUGCUAACUUGCCCCAGGCAUCUGGGGAAGAAACUCCUCACAGUGUUCCCCCACUGGACAGUGCCAUCCAGCACUCCUCUCCGAAUGUGGUGAGAAAGCACUCCACUUCUGUGAGCAUCAUGGGCUUUUCCAACACACUGGAGAUGGAACUGUCGUCUACCAGGCUGGCGAGGACCUUAGAGCCACAGAUCCAGAGUGCGAGCAGCCUGACAGCUGCCCCACCCCAGGUGGUACCAAGCCUGCUGAGUGGCCCCCCACCAACCGUGUCCAGCCUGGUGGGCGGUCAGAACCAGGCUAUGCCCAGCCUGACAGCCAGUCACCUGCCGACCAUGCCCAGCCUUGUGCAUGGCACACCCCACUCCAUGCCCAACCUGACGAGUGAUCCCUCCCAGGCCAUCACAAGCCUGGCAAGUGAUCACUCUCAGACUGGGCCCAACCUGAUGUCUGGUCCCACCCACACUGUACCAAGCCUGGCAACUUGUCCUCUGCAGAGCGUGCCUCUGGCUUCUAACAUGCAGUCGGAAACCGGAUCCAGCUGCAGUCCUGGCUCUGGCCGAACUUCAGGGAGCCUGUGCCCUGGGGAUGGGGCUGACCCCUCCCUGGGGAAUGCCCUGUGUAAGAUGGAAAAUGAGGAUUCUACCUGCUUCACUGACUCUCUGGGACAAGGCCCCACAGUCCCUGGUCCGGACACUUCCAAGGAUUUGGCUAUCCCCUCAGAACUGGAGGAGCCAAUUAACCUCUCUGUGAAAAAACCUGCACUGGUCCCAGUGGUCAACAAAUCCGUGGCCCUGCAGCAGUACCGCAGCCCAAAAGAGUGUGAGAAUUUUGAACAAGGAGCCCUAGGCCUGGGUACAAAAGGGAACCAGAGCAUCAGACCCUUCAAUAGUGAGCCCAAGAUUCCCUAUGUGCGACUGGAGCGGCUCAAGAUCUGUGCUGCCUCCUCAGGAGAGAUGCCUGUGUUCAAGCUGAAGCCACAGAAGAAUGAGCAGGAUGGGAGCUUCCUGCUGAUCAUUGAAUGUGGUACUGAGUCCUCCAGCAUGUCCAUUAAGGUCAGCCAGAACCACCUGUCUGAUGCCAUCCAGGCCCCAAACCUGGGGGGAAGAAAGGUCACUGUCACAUCUCUGGCUGGGCAGCGGCCACCAGAAGUGGAGAGUGCAUCUCCUGAAGAACACAGGCUCAUUCCUCGAACCCCUGGAGCCAAGAAGGGGCCCCCAGUACCAAUAGAGAAUGAGGAUUUCUGUGCUGUGUGCCUCAACGGGGGAGAGUUGCUGUGCUGUGACCGCUGCCCCAAAGUGUACCACCUUUCCUGCCACUUGCCAGCCUUGCUCAGCUUCCCAGGGGGAGAUUGGGUGUGUACCUUGUGCCGCAGCCUGACCCAGCCUGAGAUGGAGUACGACUGCGAGAAUGCCCGCUAUAACCAGCCUGGAGUGCGGGCCCCUCCUGGCCUGAGCGCGUGUGACCAGAAGAAGUGUGAGAAGCUGGUACUGUCCUUGUGCUGCAACAGCCUCAGCCUGCCCUUCCACGAGCCUGUCAGCCCGCUGGCCCGGCAUUACUACCAGAUUAUCAAGAGACCCAUGGACCUGUCGAUCAUCCGGAGGAAGCUGCAAAAGAAGGACCCAGCUCACUACACCACCCCGGAGGAGGUGGUAUCAGACGUCCGCCUCAUGUUCUGGAACUGUGCUAAGUUCAAUUAUCCCGACUCAGAGGUUGCAGAGGCAGGCCGCUGCCUGGAGGUGUUCUUUGAGGGCUGGUUGAAGGAGAUCUACCCGGAGAAACGGUUUGCUCAGCCAAGGCAGGAGGACUCAGACUCUGAGGAGUCUAGUGAGAGUGGGAAUUCCACUCCCCAGGGCUUUCCAUGGCCCCACUACAUGCAGGAGGGCAUCCAACCCAAGAGGCGGCGGCGACAUAUGGAGAAUGAAAGAGCAAAAAGAGUGUCGUUCCGCCUGGCCAGCAGCAUCUCCCAGGUGUGAGGGCUGGAAGGAGACCAAGUACUCUGGCAGCUGGUGCCCCAUCCUGUUGACCACUCCUCCCCACCUUUCAGCUCAUUCUCUUUGGAUUGUGGAUGUGAGACAAGUCUUGUUGAGCUCAUAGUGCCCUUCUUUGCCGUUUGCAUCUUACAGCAUUUAUUUUGGAGCCAUAGUGCAUCCACUACAGAGAAUAAACAGCAAAGAGGGGGGGUGUUCCCUAUUACCAGAACGAUCAGAUGUGUAGGGUCCACUUGACAAGACCAAGCCCAGUUAGGCUUGGGAGGACCAAACUUCCUUGGUGAAUUCUUUCUGCUGAGGAAGGCAGACAUUUCUCACCUUUCAGUGUGCAGGGCUCAGGAGCAAUGUAUAUAUCUGAACUCCUCCUGGGCCCAGAAGAGGGUAAAAGAAGGGAGAGAGGUUCUGACAUAUGGCAGGCCUGUGAUCCCUGGCCCAGCACAGCCAAAGACUGUCACUGUUUGCCUUUGUUUGGCCUGCUCGGACAGAGGCACCUGCCCUGGACAGGGCAAUGAGGCUUCUAGAGGCCAUAGGUCUCAACUGGUGCCUAUUCGGGUUCUAACGGUUUUCAGGGUAUUUGUUUUUCAUGCCCCCUUUCCUGAUGCUGACUUAGGUGGCCUAUGUGAAGCUCUGGAUAGUAUGGCAUUCUUGAUGGGGCUGGGUGGCUGUGCAGAGACCACUUACAUCUUUAGGCUCAGAUUUCACUGGCAGGCUUAAGAAGAUGUUAACUUCAGAGCGUGCCAUCUGUGCCACUACUUUGGUGUCAGAACCUGCUUCUUAGAAGUGAUUGUUGGUGGCCACCCCUUCAUUAUGUCCAUUCAGAGGUCCAGACCCUGAGUUCUGCUUGGGAGAACUAUGAGGAAGCUGCUGUCUGCUUCACAUACAGAGGUUCCAGGCCAAGGAGAAUGACCCACAACCAGCUCACUCUGCUGGGUCUCUCCUCCUGCUUAGAGAUCCUAGUUCUCAACUUCUCCACUUCACAGAGCCAAAGAUCAGAAGUGAGUCCUCUGACUCGCCUGCCCUCAGGCUGUCCACAGCCCAGAAAAAGCCAAGACUCUGCUGGCAGCCCUUUUUUUGUUGGAGGUUGGAGAAGGCCAGAGGGAUCAGCAGGAGCCAGACCUAAGCAUUCGUGGAAGUUCUAUCUGGGGUGGAAAAGGGGAAAACUGAGAGGCGAGAAGCCUCUUUGGUGUCCUUUGGUGACCCUGAAGCAACUUCAGGACUUUAUUUCUCCUAGAAUGCAGAGAGAAGUGUUCUGGAGGUCACAGGCACAGGAGCGGAGCUCCAGGCUGCAUCUCGGAUGGAUUGUUGUGGUCUGUGCAAGGUGUUUGGGAGGAAAAGGCAUAGGCAGAUGCUGGGGGUCAGGCCACCUCACGAGCAAGGGCUUGGUUGAGAAGGAACCUAUUGCUGAUGUUGGCUUGGCCUGGGGACAGCUCUCCCUGGUCCUGUCAUGGCUUAGCUAAUUUCAAGGGGGCUGUAGGUCAUGGCUUUACUUUUGCUAAGAGAUGCAGUUUAAGGAAGUUCUUAUUUGUAAGGCCCUUGUUAAUGGGAUAAUUUUGAUCAGAGAAAACAUUUCUUCUCUCCUUGUGAGUGGAUGGGACUGCUCGUUUCUUUUCCACCCAGGCUGAGAGAGCAUCUUCACUUCAAAGCAGACUGUGCCCACUGACUUGCCAUUCUUUCACCAGCACAUGCCAAACUCUCCUAAGCAGAUGAACUUCCAUAAUCCUGUUUUCUAGUUUGGGGUAACUAAGUCUUGAAUAAUCCAGUAGCCAGGCAAUCUUUGCAUGUAACCCUCUACUCUUUGGAGCUCACGUGACUUUAUGGUUUGGGCUCUGACCACUUCCCUUUCAAUUUUCAAAUCCUUUUCUCUGUUUAGUUGGCUUGGCAAGGUUCUCUCUGUAAUUACCUCAUUAAUUCCUCCUCUUGGUCAUCUUUCCUUUGUGUGGCCCACCUUCACACCUCUGAAUGAGCUUCACCAGUGUUUUGUGUUGGGCAGCUGGGUGAGGGCUAUGACAGGCUCAAACCCAAUUGACAUCUUUCCCCAAGACCAGCUAGAAACCACAAAUAUGAAGCAAAAUACCUAGUUAAGUGCUUGGCUUCACUUCUAUCAGUGAAGUUCCCAGCUUGGGUGUAGCCUGCUGGGCCAGUGGACCUUAGUAAUGUGGUAGAGAGUCACAUAUUCCCUUCCCACUGCAGAGACCCUGCAUGCUGAGAAGCUCCCUUUAGGCACCUGAGCAGUGGGGGAGGGGUGGGAGGUAGGGUGUCCUUUCCUCCAAGGGUGCGAGGCCCUGGCCCACCAUCCCUACGUUGGUUACCCCACAACAGUGCCCUCUCCCUGGCUUUUCCUGUGUACCUAGCACCAGUGUUUUAACUGAUGGUUUUGUUUUGUUUUUGCAUGCAGAAAACAACAUGAUGUUUCAGAAGUUGAACAAAAGGCUACUAGCUGAGUGACUGACUUCACUGGCUCUUUGCUAACAUUUGAGCUAAUCCUGUUUUUGACUU